AUGUCACAAAUCGAUCUGAUAGCAAUCAUCUUUCCCAAGGAGGGAAAAGCAGAUAGAGUGAGCGUUGACUUCCCCGACAUGUGUUCUGAACUCCUGAACGAAAUCUCUACACAUACCAAGGCAACUGAACCUGUGACAAAGAAGUAUGAGAUUAAGAAAGCAGUCAACAAAAAGACAGGGGCUGUAGAAAUCCUUAUGUUUGAGAGGGGAAAAGAUAAGGCUGCAAUUGCAGCCCAUGGAUCUUCGGAAGAAUUCAAAGCUUUGGGCAAGAAGUUGAAGGAUGAGGAUCUGAUUGCGAAGCCCAUGGAAUUGAAGGUUUUGAAGCAUGUUGGGGGAUUCUCGUCGAGGUUGUGA